CUACCUGGCGAUGGUGCUACAUCUGCACAUAUCGAUCUUCAUAAAAAGCCUACAGCUGAGCAAAAUGAAGAUGCCUUAAUUGACGUUGAACCAUCAGAGUACAGCAGAAUUCUUCGAAAGGUUGAUUAUCGAGUGAUUCCUAUUCUAGCCACUUUGUACCUUCUGAGCUUCCUGGAUCGAGGUGAAACCCACUCUGUUUUUAUGGCUAAUUGGACGUGUGUUGACCUAUUGGGUUAUGUAGGCAGUAUAGGAAAUGCGAAGAUUCAAGGAAUGGCCACCGAUUUGGGGCUGGUUGGUAACCAAUACAACUGGCAAGUGCACAUGGGCGCAAUUGCAUACGCCGCUGACUUUUUUCUGCAGAUUCAAGCCCAGCAUGUGGCUUCCUUCUAUAAUGGUUGCAUGGGGAAUUGUGAUGACCUUGACUGGAAUCGUCCAGAACUACUCUGGUCUAUUGGCGGCCAGGUUCUUUCUUGGUGGGUACAACUAGCCUGGCUCGCCGAAGCAGGUCUAUUUCCCGGUCUGGCUUUUUACAUCUCUCUUUGGUAUCCACGGGCGAAUGCGCAGUUCCGACUUGCUCUCAUAUUCGCAUCUGCCUCAAUGGCUGGUGCGUUUUCAGGCCUUCUGGCCUAUCUGAUCAGUAUGAUGGACGGAGUCGGUGGUUUAGAAGGCUGGCGGUGGAUCUUUAUUCUAGAGGGGAUUUUGACAGUCAUUGUUGCCGCCGCAUCAUACUUCUUUGUUUGGGAUGAGCCGGCCACUGCGACAUUCCUCACCGAAGCCGAAAAGAGGGUCAUUCUGGAUGCAUUAAACUGCCCACAAACUGAGACCUCGCCAAAUGCACAGCUCGGAAGUGAGCAAUCUUUCAAAUGGAAACAUGUUACGGAUGCUGUUUUUGAUUGGCAGGUAUGUUCUCCUUUUCCCAAGCUGAAUCGUAUCCAUUUCUCAUAUAUGGAAAUUUUCAAGACAUGGUUUCACUGUAUUGGAUACUGGGGAGUGGCCGUGGCAGUGUAUGCAUUGUCACUGUUUCUUCCGACCAUAAUCAGCGGGCUCGGAUAUUCAGCUGCGAUCGCUCAACUCUUAACAAUCCCAAUUUACGCAGCCGCCACCAUAUCCUGUAUCUUAGUGGGUUAUUUCGCAGAUAAAACGGGCCAACGAAGCUUCUUUGCCUUUGGCUGCUAUGCCGCUAUUGUUGUUGGAUAUCUGAUCGCUGUUGUUCCACCCACAUUCUUGCCUGGCUUGACAUAUGCAGGAUGCUUUAUCGCUGCCUGUGGAAUAUACCCAGCAAUCCCGGGCCUAUUGGCUCUAUCGUCAAAUAACUGGGCGCCCAAUGCAAAGCGAGCUGUUGGCAUGGCUAUCCAGAUGGGCUUUGGUACAAUGGGUGGAGCUGCUGCAUCAAACUUUUACCGAAGCACUGAUGCUCCGAGGUAUCGCUUGGGACACACCCUGGUGCUAGUAUUUGCUGGAUUGGGACUCGUCACCAUGGUUGCAUACUAUCUCAUAUGUCGCAGAGUGAAUGCAAAAAGGGAAGCGGGGGCGGAUGGCGUUUAUCAGUAUACUUCGGACCAAUUGGUUGAUAUGGGUGACAAAGCACCGAGCUUCCGGUAUAAGCUUUGA